AUGUAGUUAAGUAAAUUUGCUUUACGUAAGAAUUGAUGAGCAUGGCGCAUUAGUAUAUUUUGCCUUUGUAGUUUUCUGAGAGGGAACGGUUUUAGUAACUUUGCUUUUCAUAUCUAAGUAUUUUAGUGUCUAUUUAGAAUGUUAAACAUUCAAUGAAUUUGAAUAAUACUCUUAUUAGGCACGAACUAUUUCGUACGACAAAAUAUUAAAGGUUUGUUUAGCAUUUAGAUAGCAUAAACACGUACAAAAAAUAUUCAGAUAAGUCUUUUUAAAUUAAAUUAUGUUUUGAUUACGGUGCGUUGAGUACUUACAAUUUGUAUUUUGCGCGAGUUGUCGGCGGUCAGUCGAUGAGUCGAUCCUGCUUUUGCUUGUAGUCGGCGUCGCGCAGCGAAAAGUGAAUGACGCGUUUAUGCAGUUUACGCAAAGUGAAUCGUUCAGUUUAUUUGAGUUUGGAGUCGAGCUAGGUGAGUAAAUAUUUAUUAUAAUAAUUGUUUCAUUAAACUACAAAGAUAAUACACAUCUAUAAAUCUGUUAUUUUUGUUGCCCAGCUGAGUUUACAUCCGAGGAAGUUUAUUAAUAAUUAUUUUACUUAUUUCGAUUGCUGAAUUUGUAAAUAUAGGGAUUUAGGUACUUUGCAAUAAUUCCUGGACUAUUUUCAUUGAAUGCAGAUAAUCAUUCAAAAGGAAUUCGUUGAAGGCCCGAAGUUAGAUGAGAUACCUACUUACCUACCUACCUACUUACUUGUGGGUAAAUAAAACAGACUAAGUGAUAAAUGUGUAGAAUACUGUACUUAUUUAAAUGUAGGUAAAUACUCUUUUUUACUCAAAUUAGUCAUUCUUGAGGUAUUUGUGGCUGAGUAAUAACAGCCGUAUGUAACAGAUAGGUAGCACCAUGUAAAAUUCUAGCAUUCAGCCGUCUCCGGUUGGAUUAGAAGUGGAUCCUAAUAUAAUUGGGUAAAGGCUAGGCAGAUGAAGAGUCAUACAUUUUGCUGUUAUUUCUAUGAAUGAUUUAUUAUGAUUACUUAUUUAUAUUUUCAGAAUAAUUUGAAACUCGUCAUGAACAGUCGUCGAUCCUCAUUUUUUAGAAAUUUUGUGGAUAAAAAUCAAGAACCUAAACUAAAUGUUGUUCGAAGAAUAUUUAGCGAAGAUGAAAGCGAUGAUGAUUUGGAUUUUGAACGUGAUAAUUACGUCACAAAAUUAAGACAUCCACUUAGGGAAGAAUAUGAUACUUUAGGGUUACAGCAGAAAAAAACAGGUGCGGUCGAAGAACUUGGCAAAUCUUUUGAUCCAGGCAUUCACCUACCACAAGCAACCUCACAAGCCGCAGAUGAUCACCAAGAAGCAUCAAUCUCACAGAUGAGCGAAAAUAUACAGGAAGAGACAACCUUGAACCAAGUUAUACAUGAAUUGCAAUCAGAAGACAAUGGUCAGGUAGAAAAAUAUCUUGACCACGACACUCAUCCCUCUCAUGCAUCAAUCUCCCAGACAGGCGAUUACGUUCAAGCAGAAACAUUCAUAUACCAAGUCUUAAAUCAAUUACAAACAGAAGUCAACGUUCAGGAAGAGAGACCCUUCGUCCAAGACAUCCAUCCCACACAGGCAUCAAUCUCACAAACGGGCGUUAGCAUUCAGACAGAAACGUUCCAAGUCAUACAUCAAUCGCAAAAAUCAAUCUUGCAAACAGAAGAUUAUGUCCAAGAAGAGAAAAAUGAUGAUCAAGACGCAUAUGGGGUGCAUAGGUCACCUUCUCCAAAAUAUGAUCUUCAAUCAAACGCGUCUUUUGAAAGUAAAUCUUCUGAACUAUCUUUGAAGAAACCCUAUAAAAAAAGGAUAUUAUAUGAGCGGUUUAAAGAGGUGGAAGACUGCAUACAAGAAAUAAGGGAUGAAGACGUUUUGACAAAUAACUUAAUCGAGAGAACUAUCGUUAUUGAUAUAGAACCAGAAGAUAACGCAGAUCAAUCCGGAGAGGUCGAAAAUGUUUUAAAAAACCGAAAGAAUUUGAAAAGGAAUAGAAUUUAUAAGCAUAUUGAUUUUUUAUCGGACAGCGAGGAAUUUAUUUACAGUUCAAGUUCUUGGAAGGAUUCAUCAGAAUCAAUUGAUAGCGCUUUGCAUUCGAAUGAAAAUAAUGUUAAAAAACAAAGAAAAACAUCUAAAACCAAAAAGAAAAAAAUAAAAGAUAAUAAUUUUGAUGAUACGAAAGAAAAUUCAGAGCCAAAAAAGAAAGAGCGAAAAAUUAACAAGAAUAAACUAAGAACCCAUCUCAAAAACAGUGGCAAGCAAUAUACUUCUAUAUCGGGAAAAGUGAUAGCAGAGAAAAAAAUGAAGAGUAACCCAUGUGUACUUGCAAAUUGCCACAAUGAAUGCUAUAAUAUAAGUUCAGAUAAGAGACAAGCUAUUUUUAAUCAUUACUGGAGUCUUAAUAAUGAGCGACGAAGAGAUUGGUUAGUGAGCAACUCUAAAGUGACGGCAAUUAAGAGAAAGCGUGCCAUAGUUGAUCAAAGUCGUAGGCAAUGCACUUUUGAUUAUUUUAUUAACGAAGGCGAAGGAAAAAGAAAAGUUUGUUUGAAGUUUUUAUUGAACACGCUAGAUAUUAAACAAAAAUAUUUAUAUAAUAUUAUUACAGAAGCCACUCACGGGUCAUCUAAAGAAGAUUCAAGAGGAAAACAUAUUCCAUCAAACAAAACUGCAGAGAAAAACUUAGAGGAAACAAGGAAUUACAUCAAAAACUUACCUUAUUUACCGUCGCAUUAUUGUCGCAAAAAUUCAAAAAGAUUUUAUCUUCCUCAAGAAUUCCGAAGUUUGGCUAAUUUAUAUAAAAUUUACAAGGAAACAAUGAUUCGUGAAGACAAACAGAUAGUAGGAGAAAGAGUUUUUCAAAAUAUAUUUCGGGAAUUCAAUAUAGGAUUUCAUAUCCCGCGUAAAGACAAAUGUGCUAAGUGUGUGCGUUUAGAAAAAGAUAAUGGACAAAGAGAAGAAGAAAAACUGGCUCAUCUUAAAGACAAAGAAGAAACUUAUGAAAGAUUUCAAGCACAUCAGAAAAUUCAGGAUGAAAACAUACUUUGCGUGUCCUUUGAUUUACAGAAAGUUCUGAAUACGCCGUAUGGCCAAAGUAUGUUAUUAUACUACAGUCGAAAAUUGGCUGUAUAUAAUCUUACUUUUUAUGAGUCCAGAACUAGAGAAGGCUAUUGUUAUUCUUGGACUGAGACAGAAGGCAAGCGUGGAGCUAAUGAAGUGUGCACCAUCCUAGAAAAAUACAUCAAGAUGGUAGACGAUCGAGGGUCAGUCAGACAUCUUUUGUUAUAUAGCGACGCUUGUCCCGGACAAAAUAAAAAUAAAAUAGUUCUUGCAUGCAUUCAUAUUUGUCUGCAAAAUUGCAAAAACAUUGCCAGCAUUCAGAUGAAUUAUCUCUUGCCUGGUCAUAGUUACAUGCCAGUUGAUUCGAUGCAUUCUGUAAUAGAAAAAAGCGUAACAAACACAAUCAUUUGGGCACCUUCACAAUGGGCAACUGUUUUUACUCUAGCCCGAAAGAAUCCUAAGCCUUACCAUGUGGAAAUAUUAACGCAUAAGGAUUUUUAUGGUUGGGAUGUUGUAGGAGAUAAAUAUUUUAAAGGAAAUUUGACGGGGAAAAUAUCGAAGGUACGUACAGCGACAUUUAAAAAAUCUGAGGCACAGAAAAUUGCAAUUAAAUAUACGAUGGCGACAGAUGGUCCAGUAGAAGAAAUAGAAAUAACAAAUAAAAACAAAAAUAUACAACUCAAAAACAUUUACAAAACUCGUUUGCCUAUAUCAAAGAAGAAAUACCAAGAUUUGUGGAAACUUUGUACAUCAAAGAUAAUUCCUGAAAUGUAUCACUAUGAAUACGAAAAUUUUCCUUCUGCCGUUAAUGUUCAAGAUACACUUCAAGACACGGAUGUUGAAGACAAUACCUAAUUUCGAAACAUUUUACUAAUAACAAUAAUUAUAGGUUUUGUAGAUUUUUAACACCGUUAUUACCGAUUAUUUUCUUCAAUCCUUCUCUGUGUGAGAGGAGGCCUGUGCCCAGCAGUGGGACGAUAAUUAGGCUAAAAAAAAAAGAUGCAUAAUUAAUUACCUUUAUUAGUUUUUUUUGAAUACUUACAGGUAUUGUGACAAGAAUACUGUCGAUUUUUUUUUAAUUUUUCAAUAAAAAAUGAUUACUAAGCAAGCUGUAUUUAUUUAUUAUUACCAACCAAUAGAGUUAAAAGAUGAGGUCGAAUUCAAAUUAGGAAUUACAGUAGUAUUCUCAUUUAUUUUAUUCGCUGCCACCAUUGAUUUACACUUACUUAUUGUUGUUUAUGUCUGAUAAGCA